AUGGCCCUGGGCCGCGCGUGCCUGUCGGCCGGCGACCCGGGGCACCGGGGGGCCCGGCGCGCUGCCCACGGCGACCUCGGCCCCGCGGCGCUGGCGUCCGGAGACGUCUUCCUCGUCGCCAGGCCCCAGGCGGCCCCUCCAGCGCCCGCUCCCCGGCAGCCGCGGCCCAGCGCGCGGACCGAGGGCCGGCGGGGCCCGACGCGCGUCCCGAAGGGCAGGCACCGCCCGGCCCGCUCCUCCCCGUACCCGAGGCGCGCGCGGCGGCGGCGCCUGCAGGGGCCCCUCCGCCCCCGGUGAGCGUGUGAACGAGGCCGCCCCCGAAGGCCCUCGGCGCCGCGACGGCGGGCUCUGGAGAGGCGCGCGGGGGUCCCGCUGGUCAGCCUGGCGCGAAGGGCGGUCUCCCUUUCGCUUAGUCCGGAUGGUUUUAAGCGGCGGGAACGAUGAGCUCGGGAAGGAGGUGAAAGGUCAAGCCGGGUUACCGGGACCGCCCGCCCCGGAGGUCAUGGGUCCUUGGCCGCCCUUCGUGCGCUGCGCUCCGGCGAGGGGUGCGCGGUGUCCGCUGUGCCCGAGCCUGGCGGACCUCCCUGGGGACCGGGCCGGGGCUUCCUGAGCUGCGUACCUCUGUCCCGGACGAUCCCUUUGCCGUUGCUCCCGUGGGUGGGCAGGAAACGCGUUUACCGCCCUGGCUUACCCGCCCCACGGCCCAACUCUUACGCAUCUUGCCCCCAACUCCCUUUUCCAUCUCCUCUGCUUCUCUUCAGGAAUAUCCACAAACCCACCACAACAAAGCGGAAAAAUAAACCUGGCUGCUCUUUGAAACUAGUAAACCCAUUUACGUGUC